AUGGGUCGAACCAACCAGGUGCAUGCGGAAGAGAAUGAGACAGAAGGGCUGGGGUGGAUAGAGGCCCCUUGGGGAGGAGGCCGGUGGGAUGCUGCUGCUGCUGCUGCUGUUGCUGGUGAUUAUGCCGCUGCUGAGGAUUAUUAUGCUGCUGCUGGUGCUGAUGCUGCUGCUGAAGAUGCGUUCAGUGAUGUGUUUGAUGAUGGCAUGGUGGAGAAGGGCCGUGUGGUGGUGCGAGGUGAUGCAGACGUGCUCAUUCUGGACUCAUGCAGUGAAUGGGAUGGGGACGCGGAUGGGUAUGGGGUUGGGGAUGGGGAUGGGGAUCAGUAUGGAGAUGGGAAUGCGGUUAUGGGAUGGACUGGUGGAAUGGAAAUGGUUCGGGAAGAGCACAUGUUGAAUGAGUCUCCUUCCUGUGUGGUUGGUGAAGGUAUUGCUGACUUGCUACUAGUGGACUGUUGUGGUGAUGGGGAGGACUGCAGUGAGGGAAGGGGUAGGGAAGGCAGCAGCAAGGGAGGAGAUUGUGGAGAUUGGGAGCGUUCUGGUGCAGUGAGCAGCGGUCGGGAUGGUUGCAAUGGGGAGGAGGAGGAAGGGGAGGUGGUGGGGUUGGGAGAAGGGGUGGAGCAGGGGAAGGGGACUGGGAUGUGCAUGGAUGCAGGUACGGAUGCAGGUGCGGAGGCAGGUAUGGGGCGAGGUAUGCAAGCAGGCUGGGAGGAACGCAGUGGCACAGGCUGGUAUGCAGGGAUUUAUAGAGAUGCAGAGUUAGAGGAUGGGAAUGUGAGGACUCUAGUGGCACGAUAUGGACAGAUAGGAACGCGUGGGGAACAAGCAGCAACAGCAGCAGCAGCACCAGCAGCAGCAGCAGCAGCAGCAUCACACAAGGCUCUAGCCCAGCGGUGGCAGUCACUUCGCAUUCAUGUUCCAAGCAUGUCUAGCAUCGCUCCUUCCUCCCUCGCCUCCCCAUCCCCUUCUCCCUCCCCCUCCUCUCGCUCCACUGCUGCUGUUGCCCCUCCUCCCUUUCCUCACUCCACCUCUAUCGCUGCCUCUUCCCCCCUCCCUCCCUCCGCUUCCUACCCCUCCUCACCCUCCUCUUCCGUGUUUCUCCCCUCGCCAAUCAUCUCUCCUUCCUCCCACACUUCCUACUCUGCCAAUUUUUCCUCCCCUUCGUCUGCCAUAUCCACAUCCCGCCACCGCCCAAAAUCCUCUUCCCUUGCUGCCGCCGCCACUAUCGCUUCAGCAAAGGCCGCAGCAGCGGCAGCAGCAAGAGGAGAAGCAGCAAGACACGAAGACCUGUCAGCAGCGCCUAUCCCAAACACGAAGACCUUCCCCCAACCUUCCUCUGGUCCUUUCUCUCCAGACGUCUUCUCUCCUGCUUCCUCUGCCAGCUGUCGCGCCGUGGUUGGUGGCAGGAGCGGAUUUGCAGGUGCAGGGACAAGUGGUGAUGGUGGUGGUGGUGUUGGUGGUGGUGCCACUGCUGCUGCUGUUGCAGGUGGCGGUGGGGCAGGGCGGUCCAGAUCCAGCUGUAGCCAGGAUGUAGCCGGAUGGGAAGACAUCCUCUCAGAAGAACCCGUAGUGCCUGGGGAAAUUGGGGGCGUGGGGGAUGUUUAUCUGGGGGAGGCUGGUCUGGAAGAGGUGUUAUCUGCGGGCAAUACGCGGAGGAGCGAGUGCAACGACGAUAGCAUUGAGAUCACGGGAGAGAAGAGCAACACAACCGUAGUGGCAGCAGCAGCAGCUGCUGCAGCGUUUGAAGCAGCAGCAGGAGGGGGGAGAGGCACGCGGGGUGUAAUGCCUCCCUCUCCUCUUUCGCUCCCGUCUCUCACGUCCAUCUCCUCUCUUUCCCUCGGAAACAGCCGGGGUUUGUCGUGGCGUCAGGGCAUGCCGAGUCUCGUGCUUGAGGAAUUGGAAGAGGAGGAGAAGGAGCAGAGCAGGGAUGGGAGUGCAAAGAAGGCAAAGAAAGGCAAGAAACAUAGGGAGGAAAAGAAGUCAAAGGCGAAAGAGAAGGGAAAGAAGCACAUACAGCAGGAGUCUGCGGACUUGACACAGCUGAAGCAGCGGAUGCAGGAAGGUGGGGAGGGGGGGUCACUGAGUCCUGUUCCGGUUCUGGAUCGUCGCCCUCCUCUUUCUCGCACCUGGACCGCCCCUGCCGAGCGAGAGCGAGAGCGAGGAGUAUCAUCAGGAGGUAAAAGCGGUGCAGGUGUGGGAAUCGGCAAAUCUUCCGGUGCUGCUGGUUACAAUAGUGGUGGUGACUACCGGGGUUACCACGGCAACCGCGGCAGUUCUCUUGGGUAUGGUGGGCUGGAGGUAGCUGUUGGGGAUGAUGAGCAGCAGGUGCCGUACGACCCCUUGCUGUCACCUCAAGACUCAGUCCCGCUCUGUUCCUCCACCUCCAUCUCCUCCGUCUCAUCCGUCUCCUCAUUUGACGACGAUUUCAGCAUGACCAGCGGCGCGUAUGCAGGCACCCGUGCUGCAGCUGCAGCCAAUGGCAAGGCCAGGAGUGGUGUGGUUGGUGCGGUAGCAGCAGGGGGGCUUGUAGAGGGUACAGAAGCUGCUGCUGUCGCUGGUGCCGCUGCCGCUUCUGCUGCUGCUGCUGCUGCUGCUGCUGCUAAUGCUGGCGCUGGCGUUCGUGCUCCCAGGAAGUCGCUACCAGCGACGAUGAACAUCCUGGUUCGGGACAAGCCCGAGGGAGACGUGGUGCGGACAGUGUGUGCAGCAGGCAAGGGCGCAUCCAUGGUUCUGGAAGACGAUGGAAUCGUACGCCGUUCCCCCUCCUCGUCGUUCAACAGCAUAGGGGUGAAUUUCUGCGGAUCAGGGAGGGAAGGGGAAGAGAACCUGGGGGAUCUGGCUGGGAUGGUAGCAAGUGAAGCAGGUGCAGCAGGUGCAGCAGGGGCAGCAGCAGCAGCAGCGACGGCGACUCUUUCACCGGUGCAAGAAGGGGAUCCCAGCUCUCUCUCUCCUUCCUCGUCUCAACCAUUGCACUCCUCUCAGCCUGUCCCCGUGCCGUGGUUUGGCCAGGAGCUCUCGUUUGCGUUGCGGCCGGCACAUGAGUUAGGGGUCGAGGCAGCAAGAGCGGCGGCAAUAGAGGCAGCAGCUGCUGCUGCAGUAGCUGCAGCAGACGCAGCUUCAGCAGGAGGAGGAGGAGAGGCAGGGGAUGAAGGAGAGGGAAGCAUUCAGGCAGCGCGACGGGCAGAGCUUCGGGCACGGUUGCGAGUGGAUGUUGCAACAGAGAGUGGCUGUGUUGUGGUCACUCCAGACCAACAGCAGCAGCAGCACAAUUUGAUUGGGCAAUCCGAGCAGUCCCAGCAAAACCUCCAGUUUCAGUUCCAGCAGCAAGAGCAGCAGCAGCUGAGUGGUGAGCGUGGCAUGGCUGUAGUGCUGAUAGGGUCUGCACGAGGCGAGGGAGGGGCAGAUGGUGGGUCUGGGGGGACUGCAGUGGGUGUGUGGCCGGGGCAAGUUGUGCCUUGCAGCGCGGGCAGUGGCAGCAGGGGCAGCAGCAUUGGUCGCAGCGUAUCGGAAGGAGAGGAAGGGCCCAUGUAUAGCACUCAUGGCAGCAUCAACAGCACCAGCAGUAGCAGCAGCAGUGUGCCGAACGGAGGGCUGGGGAGUGGCAAGGCGCAGCAGCCGCGGUCUGCAAGGCAGUCGAUGCUGGAGGGGAUGUUCAACCGGCAGUGGGGCAAAGCCAAGCACUGA